UCUGUUUACAAAGCAGAGGCGCUUGGGCGCUAGUCGCUUUACUGAUAAGGAAUUAAAAGUGACAAGAGAGUGGCAAGUGAAUGGACAAACGAUGAUUAUCAUUCUUUCAAUCCUUGAAAAUAAUUGGAAGUCCCAAAAUUUUAUUUGAAUGAUCACUUAAUGAAUAAAAAUGUUUAUCGUUGGUUUAACAGGAGGCAUUGCCACCGGUAAAAGCACAGUAUCUCAUAUGAUAAGGGAAUUGGGAGUACCUGUCAUCGAUGCAGACGUUAUUGCAAGGAAAGUUGUAGAACCUGGCACUCCUGGUUGGAGAGAAAUCAAGAAAGUGUUUGGCAAUUCUGUACUCCUUCCAACUGGUGAAAUUAAUCGACAAACCCUUGGUGAUAUAAUUUUCAGUAAUUCAGAAAAAAGAAGAUUGCUAAAUGAAAUCACCCAUCCCAGAAUUCAUCGGCUAAUGAUGUGGGAUGCCUUCACAAAAUUUCUGCAAGGUUACCAGUUUGUUGUGAUAGAUACUCCAUUAUUGUUUGAAAGUGGAGCCAUGUUGAGUUACAUUCAUAAAAUUAUUGUUGUCACUUGCGAAGAAGACCUACAACUUCAGCGGCUGAUUGAAAGGAACUCAAUGCCUGAAUCCAGAGCAAAACAGAGGAUCAAGGCACAAAUGCCAUUGGAGGAGAAAUGCAACCGAGCUAAUUUUGUGAUUGAGAACUCAGGCUCAUUAACAGACACGAAAGAUCAAGUUGGCAGAAUUGUUGCUACCCUCAAAGCAUCAAGAUUUCAUUGGAAAAUUCGAGUAUUGGCUGGAUUAAUUUGUUCUGGAUUUCUUUCGCUUCUUUAUUUCUUGUCGGUGAAGUCCUUUGUUUUUUUCUCUGGAAAUAGUAUGGAGUAAAUGAGUACAGUUACCCAGCACUCAGGAUACAAGACUGGAAGGACCCUCAAGUUUCCUGUGAGAAAUGUAAUUUUAGACCUAUCUGGAUCAUUUUUGUGAUCAUUGCUGCAGUAUUUUAUGAAGCAAAUGCAUUUGUGAUUUAAGUUUAAGCUCUGAGAGUAAGACUACUCCAAGCAUGUUCGUUAUCUCAUGCAGGGAUGAAAGCUAUUUAAUGUUUUGCACAUCAUUUAAUUUCAGUGAUACCGAUAUAUGGAGUCCGAGCAACACUUCCUCUCAUGGGCUUUUCUUUGCUUUCAUAAUUACCUCCAUUUGUUUUUUUUGUUAACCAUAGAUUUCUGCUUUCCAGAAAAACUUAUGCAAUUAAAGUACAAGUUUUUAAUAAUUAUACUGAUGCUUUUAGAUGGGUCAAUUUUUUUUAAAAUCAUAAUAUGGAAGUAGACAAUGCAGUGAUUUAUCAAAAGCUUUAGAAGAAAGGAGCCGCUGACAGUGCUAAAAUUCCAUUGACUAUUGAGUGUCCAGUUACCCUGCAAUAACUUUGAAUUUUCUAAACCAAAUGUAAUAACUCCUCUGCUGUCCUUUUUCAAAGUCAAUACCCAGCUUUGGUGUAAUACAUUCUGGGCACAAUCAAUAUACCUAGUUUAAAUUUUAGCCCUCACAGAUAUUGUUUUAGGGGAACUAAUGGUCAUUUUCUAGAUUUAUCAAAGCGCGAUAAUGCAAAAAAUCAACCUUGAAUGUCUGAAUAUCUUUAAUAUUCUUUUCAGCUUUCAACAGCCUUUGGUGCACUAAUAUCCAUGGGAUAUAAUGGGAGUUGAAACAAGAUUAUUUUUUAACUUUAUUUUAAGAUUUUAAAGGUGGACAUUUUCUUGUAUGUUUCUUCUUGCCAAAUAUAUAGAGUGCUUUUUUGGUUUUUUCAUGAUAACUCCUGUAAGGUUUAAUAUUCGAAACAUAUUGAUUGUACCCUGAACGCAUUGCAUCAAAGUUGAGGAUUCAUUUUGAAUAGACAGUGCAAUGUACAAUACGCUCUAAUAGCUAAUAAACUUAAGUAUCUACAUUUUGAUUAAAUUGUAUUUUCAAAUUUAGAUCUAUUGAUUCCCUCCCUGUGAAGAUUGAAAGUCAAAAUGAAAGUUCUAUGAGCUGACUAAGAGGUAAUUCAAAAUACUGAUGUUAAAUGUAACCUCAAGUAGUUUCUUUCAUUCAAGCAUUAUGUAGAGCUUUGGGAUACCUUUUGAACUUUUUGAUAGAUUCAAUUCCUAAAAAACUACAAAGUAAGCAAUAUACACAUCCAAAAAACGUUCUCUAUAUUUCGUGGGUUAGGCUACCCACACAAUCUUCGUAUGUAUUUUACUUUUUACCUUAAGUCUAAUAGGAAUCUUGCGUAGUGUGCACCAGCUGUUAGGAAAGACUAUCUUUUUCAAUUGUUUUUAGUAGUUGUGAGUAUUAAGCAUCUCUUGAUGAUACACAUUUUUAAUUUUUUAGAUGUUCCAAUACGUAUGAGUUUACUGUGUAGUUAUAACCGGAAUCAUUAUAGACUGAUCCUGUUGUUUGAAGCCUUUGAGAUCAAAACUGUUGAAACUCAUAAUGGUACAUUUGCAUAUCUCUCUACUGUUUUCUUCAAUUUUCAUGUAUUAAGUUAUAUGUUUAAUGUAAAAUGUUUGCAAUUAUAAUUUGCAAAAAAAAAAAAAAAAAAAAAAAAAAAAAAAAAAGCACGUCCUUUAGUUUUUCAGUAAUUGAAGAAUUUUUAGUGACAUUUUUUAGGGAAAUUAUUCGAGAGAAAAAUUAAUAUAGGCAUUGCAUCUUGAACAUAUACAAUCAAUCUCAAAAUAUUGAUUUAUGAAAUUAUAAUUCACUAAAAUGUUUAAUACUAUGUAUUUAAUAUUUUAUUCUGUACCAUUUUAUUCAAAGUAUACCUCCAUUAAUGAAAUAUUACUUGGAGUUUCAGGAUUCGCAUUUCCAGCCUUAAAACUGGAAUACUUUUUCUACAUAGCCUUGCAACCCCCUCAAGUUAUUUUUUUAAUCUUAAAUCUAUACUUCUCAAUGUUACAAAAUAUCAUUUAACAUUUUUUUACACUGGGAUCUUCGAAUUUAAAAGUAAUUGUUAAAUGACAUGUCAGAAAACUUAAAUAGAUUUUUCUGGUUUUGAUCUCAGAGGACUUACGUAUGUUAUCUCAUAAUUCUUACCACCUCUACCUGUUUCCCUUUUUUGUCUUCUGUUCCUAGCCUAUAUUUAGGUACUAAUAACCUCAAGUAAAAUUUUAAAAUAAAUAAAAUCUCAUAAAACUCU